UCAAACAUUGCACUACUGCUGCAAUUCAUUCGGUUGAUUCUCUCUCUAUUUCAAUUCAGAAUCUAAUCGAGGAAGGAAAAUGUAGGUGAGGUUUACAUCUUCAGUUUGAGUGAAAAUUGUUGAAUCCGAUUUCAAAAUGAAAAGAGGAGGAAACUCUGAAGAAGAAAAGAAGAAGAAGAAGAAGACAGGGUCAGCAGCUUACCUGAAUCCCUAAUUCACCAUAUACUAUCUUUCAUUCUACAACUUAGACAUGUGUGUUGUCUAAAAGAUUCAGAAACAAUUAUGUUUGCGAUUGGGAAGCAAGUGAUGAUGAUUUCUAUGAAGAACCAACUUUUCCAAUCAAGGGCUUCUUAAAAUUGUGGAUAGAGUGCUCAAGCUUCGUGAAUAACAACUCCGAUAUACAGAGGUUUGAACUCAAAUGCUCUAAUUUUCAUGUAUCUCGUGAUAAAAUAUACAGAUUCAUCGAAACUGCUGUCAAUCACAAUGUUUUAAGAUUCCUCCUCGUCUAUGUACUUGUGAAUCCUUGACAAAGAUGGAGCUGAAAUUACGUGGUUUUGAGGAAUUUUAUGGUGAGUAUGAGAACAAGUUCAUUCCACCUCCUGAAAUGAGCUUACCUCGACUCAAAUCAUUGCGUUUGAAACUUAAUGAUGUUUCGUUUCAUGAUGAAAACUUAACCAAUAGCUUCUUUGCGAGUUUUCCUUGUCUAGAAUCGUUAAUCAUGGAAUUCAGAGAUGGAUUUAUCGAUAUGAAUCUGAAUAUUGCUUUGCCUAAACUUGAGUAUCUUAAAUUUGACUGCUGGAAUUUUGAAAGCAAUAGUGAGGUUAAACUGCAUGCUCCAAGUCUCGUAUCCUUCAUAUUCAACAGUUACUUGUCAACAAGUUUCACUCUAGAGAGUCUACCGUCUCUAGUCAAUACUGAUAUUGAGAUAAAAAUUUAUUUGGAUGAUCAAUUGCCACCAAGUUGUCCAGAGAUUCAUGAAGAGAUGGAAGAAUUUCAUGCACAGCAUUGUAUGAGAUUUUUGAGAAGGCUUCAUAGAGUGAAAGUGUUGACAUUAAGAAAUGCUUUCAGCAAGGCUUUAGGUGGAUCUCCUGGUAUAUUAGACAUUCAGCCGCUUAUAUUUUGCAAUUUGCAACAUUUGGAGCUCGAGACUUACCUUUCGAGGGACUGCUUGUGUUCGAUUUUAUAUGUGCUGAAGAUUUCUCCAAAUAUAGAAUCUGUUUCCUUGCAGAUAUCAAAGCUAAUCCCCGCGAGCCUCCAUUGUAUCCAUAUUGUGACGAGGUAAAAUUUAAUCCAGAAAACAUAGGUGACUACUGGGAGGCAGGGUUGUCUUUGCCAUGCAUGAUAUUUCUCUUAAAGUUAGUCGAGAUUAAAGGUCUUCGUGGAUGUGUUAAUGAAUUGAAGUUCUUAGAGAUUCUGUUGAAACAUGCCAUGGUCUUGGAGGAAGUGAUACUCAACAGUUAUUCAACUAAGUCAGUGAUACUCGACAGUGAUUCAAAUGAAGAAGACUCACAAAGGAAGAAACAAAUGAAGAAAUUUAGUGAGAUGCUGCGAAAAUUCCCUACAGCCUCUAAGAAAAUCGUUUUCUUGUUAAACUCCUGAUUAAGUUGGCUCUGUCAUAUCAAUUUCAUUUUUCUUUACUUUUUCGUGCACUCUCUAAUCUAAAUAUCGAGGAAAGAUUAUCAUUCAUACAGCUAGAAUGAUAGAUGGGCCUUCGAUCCUUUUUUCUGUUAGACCAGAGAAAUUUUAUUGAGGACUAUAUAUAUGUCUAAUUUUUCAAUCCCUCUUUUCAGGUGCUUUUGAAAAGGUGGUUGGGAACAGAGCUGUUUUUCGAGUUCUUUGACUGAAAUCUGAUGCAAUGGGAAUAUUUUCUGAACAUUUACUAUGUAUUUCUGGAAUUCUGAUACAAUCAUACCAGUCCUCGUCAUCUUUUGGUACUUGAAGUUUGUGGUAUAAGAAGAUUAUUAUUGUUCUUUUUUGCAGAGGAAUUAUGUGGUUUUGUAGAUGCCAUAAUCUUUUUCCAAGUUACAAUGACAUGUAUCAAAACUCAUAAUUCUAGUUGUUGCUGGUGUUUAUUAUU